GAGAAAACGAGCGCCCCUGCCUCGAUGCCCAAUCUGUUCGCUCGGCUCGAACUCGAGCAGGGCCAGCGCUAGGGUUCCAGCGCCGCCGCCGCCGGCCCGUUCCUCGCCGCCGCCGGGACCCACUCCCGCCGCAGCCCAACUUCCUCCACGGCCCGUCUGCACCUCUGCCCUCUGCCGCAGCCGGGGCAACUGGAAGCCGCCGCCGCGCCCCUCUGCACCGGCCGCCCACGGCGCGUCCGUCCCGAAGCUGCAGAUCAUCCAGCCCUCCACUCCUCCACGGUUAAGAUGACUUGUGCAUAGAUCGAGCUUCAGUCUGAUGGAUUCUGACGACAAGAAGUUUGGCAAAGGACCUAGGGAGCUCACUGGUGCUGUUGAUUUAAUAAGUCAGUACAAAUUGGAGCUGCACCAUGAUUUCUUUUGCAAGAGGCCUUUGCCACUUGCAAUCUCAGAUACACAUUACCUUCACAAUGUAGUGGGGGACACUGAAAUUCGGAAAGGAGAAGGAAUGGAGCUAGAUCAACUCGUUCAGAAUGCAUACUUAAGGGACAAGUCUGCUUCUAUUAAGCCCUUUGAUAUGGAAACACUGGGGCAAGCAUUUCAGCUUCGAGAAACUGCUCCAGUAGAUUUACCCUCUGCUGAAAAAGGUAUACCUACCAUUUCGGGCAAACCGAAAAGUGAGUCCAAGGACAAAGAGAAAAAACAUAAAAAGCACAAAGACAAAGAUAAGGACAGGGAGCAUAAGAAGCACAAACAUCGACAUAAGGAUCGGUCUAAAGACAAAGACAAGGACAAGGAUAGGAAAAAGGAUAAGCAUCAUGAGAAGAAGAGGAAGCAUGAGGGGACGGAGGAUUCGGCAGACGUGCAUAAGCACAAAAAAAGCAAGGUGAUAUACAAUUAUUAUUUGCUUCCUGGUACAACAAAUUUCCUUGCAGCACAUUUUGUUGGUCUGUUAACAUGACUUACCUAUGGCAGCAUAAGAGUUCCAAAACCGAUGAGAUGGGUAAUGGACUUAGUUAACUACAGGUUUUCUUCUUACUUCUAUUGUCAAUCAAUGUCAUAUUCUGUUAGAAGGAGGCUCAAAAGAUUUCCGUCACCAGACCUGCUGCAGAUCAAUUGAUAUCAUGAAUGGCAGUUUAUUUGAAGGUGCUUCAGAUGAACGUCUUGCCUGCUGCUAAUUAUGUUGUUCUUGCAGUGCGGACCAUGUGAAAAAUGUAACUUGUAACAAAGGGACGAUCCAGCUGUAUUUUGCAAACCUUUUGUCCCUCGCUGACUAAUGGUUGCCUUGUAGGAACAUUUAGAUAGGACUUCUAAUGAGAUUUCCCCCCAAAGAUCAGGAAAUCUGAGUAGGUGUUUUUGGUGAGGUAAUUUUUAAGACUAGGAUCAGUUAACAAUUUCAUUUAGAUUGAACUUUUAAUGAGAUUAAUUUAAAAGAUUAGGACAUCUGGUAUAGGUGUCUUUAACGAGACAUUUAUCAAAGGCUAGGAGCAGUCCAUUCUGUUGACCAGGCCAGUAAUAAAAUAGUUGAUGUAGCAUGAGAUAAUGGUAAAAUGAUAUAUUGUAUGAUAUGGAAAUGAAGCUUCAUUAGUCCAUUCUGUUAA